AUGGUGUGUGGUCUAAAAUGUGUGCGUCUAACCGUGUGUGUUGUGUGCUCAGCAGUGGGAGGUCAUGUGUCUCCGAGCAGCGAGGCGCUCCUCAGUCCCUCCGCGCAGCCCGCAUCUCCGCCCCCCAGCCUGUACCUGCCCGCUCACUUCAGGCUGUCGCAGGCGCAGCUGGCUUUCUUCCUGCGGGAGGCGGGCGGCGGCGACAGGGCGUCCCAGCCGCUGCAGCGAUCCCAGAGCCUGGUGGUGUUCCAGACCAAAGAGCUGCCGUCCGUCAACAUCACUUUCGGGACGUUUGCUCGAGACCUGGUCCUGGGCCGCGAGCUGCUGCAGCCCGCCAGCCCGCUCGCCAUCCCCGGGACCCUCACGGUCAACUGGAAAGUGCGGGCCUUCAUCGUACAGGCCAGGGUCUUCUCCUCCAGCCCCACCCUGCAGGUCUUCUUCUACAUCGCUGGGAGGGACUGGGACGACUUCCGCGCCCAGGACCGGCUCCCGUGCGUUCGCCUCCAUGCCUUCAGGGACGUGCGGGAGAUCCAGACCUCGUGCCGCAUGCGGGGGAACCUGGCCCAGUGCCUGGCCCAGUUGGACCUGCCCCAGUCCUGGUUCAACGCCCAAGUGGCCCCGCUGGGUCGUCGCAAGGGCCCGAGCCUGGAGGGCCUGAGCGAGAGCAUGCAGGCCGAGCUCUACUACAGCCUGAGCGAGGCCGGGCAGGACGGGGGCUGUGCCGAGGCCCACCGCGGGGGUCCUGGCCCGGCUCAGCACCCUCUGCUCCGGAUCGGCAGCAUCAGUCUGUACCAGGCUGGACCGGAGCAGCAGCUGGUGGACAAGCAGCUGGAUAAAAACAUGUUCCUGAGGCUCCCAGACCGACCACUGAGGCCCGGGGACCAACUGAGGAUCUACCUGUACCUCAUGCCCAACUCCUCGGUGGACCACUUCACGCUACGGUAG